AUGCGCGUCUCGAUAGGCUUUCUCUUGUUCCUCCCAGCCCUGGCUCUCGCCGCACCGCAAGCUAUCGAUUACGGCCCCUGCGACUACAACGGCAAUGAGAACUGCAAAGAAAUCAUGGACAACACGGCCUGCUUUCUGAAUCCCCAGGGGGCAGACGAGAUCUUUAAGUGCAUCUCGGGCGGCAGGGACGGGGUCUGCGCAUGCUACGGGUGUCUCGGCUACACGCCCGUCGGCGAAGUCAUUUCGAAGUCGAGUGCCUGCGCCGGUUUUCCCACCUCGUCUCCCUUGAAGCUCGGAGAGACGCCCACCGUCACGGUGGCACCGACACCAACACCAAUGCCCAAGUAUCGUUGGAAAGUGUGGGAUGGACAAGACGGGAUUUAGGGGCAGAUGGACAAAUACGGAUCGAGGAUAAGGGGCAAUCAAGCUCGGGAAAGAGUGACAUGGAAAUACGCUGGAAUAUGUCGUUCAUGGGCAGGCCUCACCAAGA